AUGUGGGACAAUACCUAUUCAAUAGCUCCAAACUUAUAUUCUUCAUUACCAUUAACACCACCUAUUAGCCGUCCUAGUCGAAAAAAUCGAAACCAUCAUCGUGGUCCAUCGUGGUGGUUAUCAUUAAUUUUAUUAUUAAUAUCAACUGUAGCUGGAUUUCAAAUUGGACUUGUUCUAUUAUGUAAUGUUAAACGAUGUGUUACCGGUGUAUUAGAUCAAAAUAUUCGUACAAAAAAUACAUCUCAAUCAGUCAAUGUUUAUCGUGUACCAAACAAAAAACAAUUAAUUCUUAUUGCUAUAAUGACAAGCAAAGAUUUUUUAAAUACACGUGUACCAACUGUAGUACGUACAUGGGCAGAAAAUGUACCGGGACAAGUUAUUUUUUUCUCUAGUGAAGGUUCAACAACAAAUGAUUCACAUAUUAAUCUUGUUUCAUUACCAUCUGUUACCGAUACUUAUCCACCACAAAAAAAAUCAUUUUUAAUGAUGAAAUAUAUUUAUGAUCAUUAUUUACAUAAAUUUGAAUGGUUUAUGCGUGUUGAUGAUGAUGUUUAUAUUCGAACAGAUAAUCUAGAAAAAUUAUUACGUUCAAUAGAUAAUCGUAAACCCUAUUAUAUUGGACAACCGGGUAUGGGUACAAAAGAUGAAUAUGGUAAAUUAGCAUUAGAAGAAAAUGAAAAUUUUUGUAUGGGUGGUCCCGGUAUCAUUAUGUCUCGUGAAACAUUAUCACGUUUUAUUCCCCAUAUUAAAAAAUGUUUAAAAAACUUUUAUACCUAUCAUGAAGAUGUUGAAUUAGGUCGAUGUGUUCAUCAAUAUGCAAAUACAUCGUGUACAUGGUCAUAUGAAAUGCAACAUAUUUUAUAUAAUCAUCCAAAUAAAACCGAAGGAUAUAAACAAACAAAUUUAGUAAAUACUGAUAUUUUACGAGCCGUUUCAUUACAUUCAAUUAAAGAUACAAAAAUAUUUACACGUGUUCAUAAUUUUGCCAUACAACGACGUAUUAUGGAUUUAGAACAACGUCAUAUGAUAUUAAAACGAGAAAUUCAAUCGUAUGAUCUUAUUCUUGAUAUACAACAAGCUAUUAAAAUACAACAAAAAAAUUUUACACAAUUAAUACAUAAAACAAAAAAUGCUCAACAUCGAUUAAAAUUACAACAACAAUAUAAAUUAUUAAAACAACAUGAUUUACAUAUUGCUGAACAAUUAACUGCUAUUAAUAAUAAUACCUAUCGUCUAUUUAUAAAUUCAAAUAAUGAACAUUAUAAAGAUAAACAUCCAUGGAAUGUAUUUUUAAAUUAUUAUCAAGAAAAAUUUUCCUCAUCCUCUUCUGCUAAAUCAUCAUCAUUAUCAGCUCAAAUUAAUUUAGAAAUACCAUCUCUAUUAUCUCAAAUAACAAAUAAUCAUAAUAAUCAUAGGACUACAAAAACGUUAAAUAAUAAUUACAAUAAAUUUUUACGUCAAAAAAAUGAUUAUCGUUUAUGGAAUAUAUUUACGGCUAGUCAAUAUUCUGCUACAAAUGAAUUACCUGUACGUUCUAUAGAGCCAGCGUUUAAACAAUGUUUUGAUGAAGUUGUUCGAACAUAUAUGGAAGAUGUUAAUAAAGUAUCAAGACGUAUGGGUCGAUUUUUAGAAUAUAAAAAAACAUUGUAUGGUUAUUAUAAUUAUGAACCAAAACAUGGUAUUAAUUAUAUUUUAGAUUUGUUUUUAAUCUAUCGAAAAUAUACUGGAAAAAAAAUGUCGGUACCUGUGCGAAAACGUGUGUAUGUUGUUCAAAAAUUUCGUCCAUAUUAUUUUCGUGAAUUAUUUUCAGUAGUUCCCACCUCUUCUAGUGCAAUACGUGUUAGUAGUAGUAGUAAUAGUAGCAUUUUGUCUUCGUUGUCGUGGUCAUCUAGCAAUAAUCAACAGAAGACCCCGGUGAAAUAUUUAAAUAUGAUUGUACCCGUAUCAGGACGUUUAAAUACAUUAAAACGUUUAAUGAAUAAUUUUGAUUCUGUUGUAUUAAAUAAUUCAAAUUUAAAUUAUGUUUUACUUAAUAUUGUAUUAAUGGAAACAACAGAAGAUAAUAGUGAAAAGAUGUCAACUUUAUUUGAUUACAUACAAAAUUUUAUUCAUAAACGACCGAUAAUAACUAUGACAGAUCGUGCACGUAUAAACGUGUUCAAAGCUGAUAAUGAAAAUUUUACGCGUGGUUAUGCACGUUCUUAUGGUGCAUCUAAAUUUAAUGAUACUGAUUUACUAUUUUUCAUGGAUUUAGAUAUGAUAUUUACAAAAGAACUCUUUCCACGAAUAUUACAUUAUACAAUUUUUAAUAAACAAGUGUAUUUUCCCAUUAUUUUUAGUCAAUAUGAUCCACAGUAUUGGAAUACCCUAAAAUCCGAAAAUAAUUCAUUUUCAUUAUUACGUGAUAGUGUUGGCUAUUGGCGGCAAUAUGGUUUUGGUAUGUUGGGCAUUUAUAAAGGCGAUUUAAAAUAUGCUGGCGAUUGGAAUCAAGAAAUUAGUGGCUGGGGCAAAGAAGAUGUUGAAAUUUAUGAUAAAUUGGUACAAUCAAAUUUAACUGUAUUUAGGAGUGUUGAUAAUUCGUUGAUACAUGUAUUUCAUGCAAAAGAAUGUAAUUCUAUUUUGAGGGAUGAUCAAAUGAGAAUGUGUAAAGGGACGAGAUCGAUAACACUUGGAUCUCAAAAAACGCUCGUAACGCAAGUGCAAAAAUUAAUCGAGCAAAAUAAAAUUUAG